AGAAGGUCGGCAAACGCGGUCGACUAAAACGACAUACUAGACUAAAUUUGUUAUAAUCGAAAGAACGUCGUCUAGAACCACGCCAAAAAAACCUUUCGUGGACCAAACAACAAGCACACUACUUUUUGUUUCUUUGGUGUUGAGUGUGAGAGUGUUAAAGCUGAUCCAAAAUCAGCCGCAAAGUGAAAAAUAUAUAGUCUAAAACUCGAUCCUAAGCGAUAUACUACCAAGAGAGAGCCAGCUGGUUAGCCAGAGUGAGCGAGAGUAAACCUCUCAACAUAUUACUUUUAUUUAAACGCAAAUCGUCAAACUGGAGAACAUAAACACAAUGGAGGGCGGCGAGUCGACGGAGUCCACACACAACACCAAGGUCUCCGACUCGGCGUAUUCGAACAGCUGCAGCAACAGUCAGUCGCAGCGGAGUGGCAGUUCCAAAUCCCGGCUAAGCGGCAGUCACUCCUCAGGCAGCAGUGGCUAUGGCGGCAAGCCCUCGACCCAGGCCAGCAGCAGCGACACCAUCAUCAAGCGGAACAAGGAAAAGUCGCGCAAGAAGAAGAAGAACAAGGGGACAGGACAGACGCAGGUGCAGAGCCUGAUCUCGGCAUCGGUGUCUCUGGAGGGAGCGGAAGAAAAGCCGCGUCCUAGUGCCAGUGUAUGUGGAGACCAGCAGAUCCUGCAGGAUCAGGAACACAGCGAGGAUCGCAAUGAGCCAGAGGCUACGGAGCAGCUGCAACGAGAAGAGGAUCAGUCUGGAUCCGAGUCGGAGGUCGAUAGGGGCGAGGAUGCGACCAAGUCGGAGGCGGCACAGAGCUUUCCCAUUCCUUCGCCACUGUCCGUCACCAUAGUCCCGCCCUCGAUGGGCGGGGGAGUGGGUGGUUGCGGAGGAGUGGGUCAUGCCUCCGGCCUGGACAGCGGCCUGGGCAAAUUCGAAAGGACCUGGGAAGCAGGUGCAGGAAAACUGGAGUCCAUGGCAGGAGUAGGAGCAGGUGGCCACCGCGGGGAGCGGCCCAAGGAGGAUAGCUUCUGCUGUGUGAUCUCCAUGCAUGACGGCAUCGUCUUAUACACCACGCCCAGCAUCACCGAUGUUCUAGGCUUUCCCCGCGACAUGUGGCUGGGCAGAUCCUUCAUCGACUUUGUGCACCUCAAGGACCGGGCCACGUUUGCCAGUCAAAUAACCACAGGCAUACCCAUUGCCGAGUCCAGGGGCAGUAUGCCCAAGGAUGCCAAGAGCACAUUCUGCGUGAUGCUGCGACGCUAUAGGGGAUUGAAGUCCGGGGGAUUCGGAGUGAUCGGGCGCUCUGUGAGCUACGAACCCUUCCGGCUGGGGUUAACCUUCAGGGAGGCCCCGGAGGAGGCGAGACCCGAUAACUACAUGGUCUCCAAUGGCACGAAUAUGCUGCUCGUCAUCUGCGCCACUCCGAUCAAGAGCAGCUACAAGGUUCCCGACGAGAUCCUCUCCCAGAAGAGCCCCAAGUUUGCGAUCCGCCACACAGCCACCGGGAUAAUAUCGCAUGUGGAUAGUGCGGCUGUAAGCGCUUUGGGCUAUCUGCCCCAGGACCUGAUAGGACGCAGCAUCAUGGACUUCUACCAUCAUGAAGACCUUGCGGUCAUGAAGGAGAUUUACGAGACGGUGAUGAAGAAGGGUCAGACGGCUGGCGCCUCCUUCUGCAGCAAGCCGUACCGCUUCCUGAUUCAGAACGGUUGCUACGUUCUCCUGGAGACCGAGUGGACCAGCUUCGUCAAUCCGUGGUCUCGCAAGCUGGAGUUUGUCGUCGGACAUCAUCGAGUCUUUCAAGGACCCAAACAGUGCGACGUCUUCGAGGCGGCGCCCACGUGUAAGAUCAAGAUAUCGGAGGACGCACAGAAUCGCAAUACGCGGAUUAAGGAGGACAUAGUUAAGCGCUUGGCGGAGACUGUAUCCCGUCCGUCGGAUACGGUCAAACAGGAGGUCUCACGGCGCUGCCAAGCGCUAGCCAGCUUCAUGGAAACCCUUAUGGACGAGGUGUCCCGGGCGGAUCUGAAGCUGGAGCUGCCGCAUGAGAACGAGUUGACUGUCUCUGAACGGGACAGCGUGAUGCUCGGCGAGAUCUCGCCGCACCAUGACUACUAUGACAGUAAGAGUUCCACCGAGACUCCGCCCAGCUACAAUCAGCUAAACUAUAACGAGAACCUGCUGCGUUUUUUCAACAGCAAGCCGGUCACGGCGCCGGCGGAGCUCGAUCCGCCCAAGACGGAGCAGCCUGAGCCGCGGGGAACUUGUACGAGUGGCACUAGUGGGCCAAUGAGCCCCGUCCACGAGGGCAGCGGGGGCAGUGGCUCCUCGGGCAACUUUACUACCGCCAGUAACAUACACAUGAGCAGUGUGACCAAUACGAGCAUUGCGGGCACGGGUGGAACGGGCACUGGCACGGGCACGGGCACAGGUGGAACAGGCACUGGAACGGGUACUGGUACCGGAACGGGCACCGGUACAGGAACUGGGACAGGAACGGGCACCGGAACUGGGACAGGAACAGGCACUGGAACAGGAACUGGCACGGCUAAUGAAACUAAUUCUGGUACGGAAACUGGGAUAGGAACAGGAACUGGCACAGGCACAGGAACAUGCACGACCACUGGCAAUGAAACCAAUACAGGCACCGGGACUAGCACAGUUAGCUCCUCCAAAGGAACAGGCACAGCCACACCACCCGUGACGCUCACCGAAUCCUUGCUAAAUAAACACAACGACGAGAUGGAGAAGUUUAUGCUUAAGAAGCACCGGGAGUCGCGCGGACGCACUGGAGAAAAGAGCAAGAAGUCCGCCAAUGACACUCUAAAGAUGUUGGAGUAUAGUGGCCCGGGGCACGGGAUAAAAAGAGGCGGUUCCCAUUCGUGGGAGGGAGAAGCAAACAAACCAAAGCAGCAGUUGACCUUGGGUGCAGAUGCGGUGAAGGAUGCGGCUGGUGCUGGCGGAGGAGGAGCGGUGGGUUCAGCAGGGGUGGGAUCGGGAGGACCAGGUGUGGCAGGCGGAGGAGGAACCAUACCAGGCGUAGCAGGAACACCAGAGGGCAGGACCACGACGACAACAACAUCCGGUGCAGGAACUCCAGGAGUAGGUGGAGCGGGAGGAGCAGCUGGGCCCACUUCCUCGGUGGGCAGUUCUACGGCAGGACCCUCCUCCUAUCCAUCCUGCACGCAAAACAUCAAUCUCUGGCCACCCUUCUCCGUAGGCAUCACUCCUCCCGUCCACUCCACGCACACGGCUAUGGCCCAAAGCAGCUUCUCCUCUGCCGGCCUCUUCCCGACCUUCUACUACAUACCCGCCUCCCUGACGCCCACCAGUCCCACACGUUCUCCAAGGAUGCACAAGCAUCAGCAUAAGAGUGGCGUAGAGCUGCCCACCACCUCGCAGCAGGCGGCUGCAGCCGCCGCACAAGCCAUGCCGCUCCAGUACAUGGCCGGCGUGAUGUAUCCGCAUCCCUCCCUAUUCUACACACAUCCGGCGGCAGCGGCUGCUACGGCCAUGAUGUACCAACCGAUGCCCUUCCCCGGUAUGGCCAAUGCCCUCCAGAUACCAGAGCGACCAAUGGGAUCUCAGUCAGCCUACAACAAGACUGUGUACACGACUCCGCCAGCGUCUCUCCAGAAGAAGGUGCCAGGGGCAUUCCACUCGGUCACCACUCCCUCCCAGGUGCCACGAACCUCCACGCAAACCACUUCCUCGAAGGCGGAGCCUGGCUCCAAUGUGGCAGUGUCUGAUCCGUGCAAGAAGGAGGUUCCGGACUCUUCUCCCUUGCCCUCCGUGAUGGGCGACUACAACUCGGACCCGCCCUGCAGCAGCAAUCCCACCAACAACAAGAAAUACACGGACAGCAAUGGCAACAGCGAUGACAUGGAUGGCUCUAGCUUCUCCUCGUUCUACUCGUCCUUCAUCAAGACCACAGAUGGCUCCGAGAGUCCGCCGGAUACAGAAAAGGAUGCCAAGCAUCGCAAGCUGAAGGUAUUUAAUCAGAGCAUCAGCACUUCGGAAAGCAAGAUAUUGGAGCAUCCCGAGGAGGACCAAACACAGCAUGGGAAUGGGUAGUUGUUAAACCCGCAGUUGCUGCUGACUGACGUACACAAUCGGGUGCACCAUGUCGAUCCCUAGGACGACCCAAGCAGCAGACACCCAGGAACAGCAGGGCUCCUGGAAAUGAUUCUCCGAACUAACAAACAUAUCCGUAGGAUAUCAACUACUCUGAAUCUGAUCGAAUCAACGAAAACAACAAGAUGACCUGGUUAAGUCUUUUCAAUAAUACUGAUGGGAUGGUCU